AUGCGGAGGGUUUUUGUCGUCCCUGUUCCUCUUCUCCUUUUUUUUAUUUUAGGACUCACGUCCCACGUGGAUUCGACAUGUUUGAGACAACCGCAUUUUAGUCAAUCCGUCGCAUUGAAAUCACCCGGCGACAAUGGUUAUCAAAUUCACCUUAACGGAAAUCCAGACAGAUACGUUCCAGGUUCCAGCUACGUUUUAUCCAUAAAGGGUGGUAGAAAUCAUCAGGGUUAUUUGCAAAAGUUCAAAGGUUUCGUUUUGACCGUGGAAGCAUCGCAUCCACAGAGCGACAUUUUCCACGAUACCGAUGGAAGCGACAGUCCCGUUCGAGUUGGAACGUUCAUGUUGUAUUCCGACGAAUUGACACAAUAUCACGGAGAAUGCAUAAAUACGAUAAAAGAAUCGGAUUUGAGUGAUAAAUCUGAAAUACAAGUCAUGUGGCAGGCACCGCCGAAAGGUUCUGGAUGCGUGACUUUUAGAGCGAUGGUUUUGGUCGAUAAAGAUACUUGGUUUGCUGACGAUGAAGGUUUGUCGAAGAAAAUCUGCGAAAUAACACCCGAGUACUUAAGAGGUACCGAAGAUGUCGAAAGUAAUACAUUGGAAUGUUGUUCGUGCGACGAAGCCAAAUACACGAUGGUUUUCGAAGGUCUUUGGUCAAGUUCCACUCAUCCGAAAGAUUUUCCAACCAAUUUAUGGCUCACGCAUUUUUCUGACGUCAUCGGAGCGACACACAGAACAAAUUUUUCAUUUUGGGGAGAAGGACAAAUUGCAUCCGACGGGUUGAGACAAGUCGCCGAAUGGGGAAGCGCAAGAAAUUUAGAAGCCGAAUUGAGAAGCAAAGCGAGAAAUUUAAAAACUUUAAUCAAAGCUGCCGGGUUAUGGCAUCCACACGUAAAUGAAAAUACGACGGCGACAUUUAAAGUCGACAAACAAAAACAUCUUCUUUCCGUCGUGUCGAUGUUCGGUCCUACGCCGGAUUGGAUCGUCGGAGUUUCCGGUUUAAAUUUAUGUCAACGUGAUUGCACGUGGGUUGAAAAUAAGGUCAUUGAUUUGUAUCCGUACGAUGCUGGUACCGACAGCGGAGUGUCUUACAUGUCUCCGAACGAGCCGACCAUACCGCGGGAAAGAAUUUCUAGAAUCACGCCCCUGUAUCCGGAAGAUCCCAGAGCUCCUUUUUACGAUCCUCAGGGAAAACCCAUGAAACCUCUCGCGAAACUGUAUUUGAAAUUAGAUUACGUCACGCCUAAACAAUGUCACGAAGAUGUCGACGGAACCGUUGAUUUGCCACCCGUUGUCGAUUUGACGGAGAACACCGAAGAUACCAGAAGACCCGAGUGCAACGUUACCGAUUACACCCCUUGGUCCCCCUGUUCCGUAACGUGUGGAAAGGGAAUCCGAAUGAGAACGAGAAAUUAUUUGAUGCCGCAAAAAGCACAAAUGUUGGGUUGCGACAGACAGUUGGUGAGCAAGGAAAUGUGCGUUGCCGAUCAGCCAUCUUGUUCAGAGGGACCCUUUCAAUACCCCAGCCCUUUCCAAUAUUUACCGGAUUCGGAUGAAGUUGAAGACACGGAAGCUUUUUGCGAAACGUCACCCUUCGGCGAAUGGUCGGAAUGUUCGACGACUUGCGGAGUCGGAGUCGCUAUGAGAACUCGUCGAUUUUUAGAUCGUUGGGGUAGGAAAAAAUGUCCACACGUUUCCCUGGUUGAAAAAAGAGAGUGCAUAGAACCUCCGUGUCCAUCUCCGUCACCUGGAAUCAAUAUGGAUAGUAGAUGUACUACAUCCGAAUGGACGGAUUGGUCUCCGUGCAGUGCCACGUGCGGUACAGGAUUAAGAUAUCGUUCGCGUCAGGUUUUGGUCGGCGGUGAACUCAAAGACAUUUGCGCGGGUCGAGUCGAACUCAAUCAGCAAAGGAUAUGCACAUUGCAAGCGGAUUGCAGCGUUGACAGAACAUCAGCCAAACAGAUUUGCAUGCUCGAACCUGAUAGCGGACCUUGCCGAGGUUUUUUCGAAAGAUGGUAUUUCGAUCCGAGAGAAAAACAAUGCGUGACGUUUCCAUUCGGAGGAUGCAGAGGAAACAGGAAUAAUUUCAAAUUGGAAUCGGAAUGUAACGAAGCAUGCGGAACCAUUCGAGAUGAAUUGAUUUUGGCGGAAAGUGAAUUGAGACGCGGGGGUGGCGGUGAUGGAUCAUUUUCAUCAUUAUCAUCGUUUUACCGUCCGAACAAUGGGACAAGAAUCGAUUGCGUCGUCGACGAUUGGACGGAUUGGACGCCGUGCAGCGUGUCUUGCGGUGUCGGAAAAUCCGUUAAAAUGAGAAUGGUUAAGGUACAACCGCAAAACGGUGGAAGACCCUGUCCGAAAAGAUUAUUGAAAAAAAGAGUUUGCCAAGGGCCUCCCUGUUAA